AUGGCUCCGGCGCCGUCGGGUGCUGCCGUGCUGGGCACCAUCUACACGCUCAUUGUACUGGCAGCUCUGGUCAUCGCGGCGCGCAUUUAUCUUCGCAUCGUCAUUCAGAAGCGAAGACUGCUGGCUAGCGAUUUCAUCAUGAUACUGGCCUGGCUCUCAGCGGUAUCGACGUCAGCUUUUGACAUUCUCCUCAAAAAACACGGAGCAUUAGAGGCCCACAUUAAUUAUACUCUCACCAACUACGAGGCAGACUCAGUAGAAGAGUUUGAGCAUGUAAUGAAGAUGAUUUGGGUCUCGGUCAUCCCAUUCUUCACUACGUUUUACCUCUGCAAGGCUGCCCUCGUUUCAGUCUACCUCCAACUAUUCCCACCAUUCAUGAAGAAGAGAAGGAUGUUAUUGUCAAUCAAGGAGCCAGAGAAAAUAUGCCCCGAAGAUGAUCUCAAGCUCGUUUUUGAGGUAGCUUGGGCCUUGCACUUCACGGGAAGUCUUGCUCUCUUUGCCCUUCCUUUUCUUAUCCUGCACAAUUUAAACAUGAGAACCAAAACCAAGGUUGGAGUCUAUUGCGUCUUUCUUCUUGGACUCAUCGACAUUUCCUUUUCCUUGACACGGUUCUUGAUAGUUCUGCUGAGCAACGAUGGUAGCUUUCGGGCUAUCACAACAAUCGAACUAUGGAGCGCCUUGGAUGUUUAUGUCGGCCUCAUCAUUGCUUGUCUCCCCUCCCUUCGUCCCUAUCUCCGCCGCAACUUUGGAGCAUCUUACCAAUACGACUACAACGAGUCAGGAAGGGUCACGAAAUCGACAAUCACUCGAAGGCCAGGCCAAAAUGGGUUCGAGGAGCUUGGCGAAGGUCCCUACGCUGGACCUUCAACCGGUGGGAGCAGGGCGAUAGUUAGUCGUCAUGCUGCAGAGUCAGCCGAGUUUAGCACCGAUGGCGAUGACGACAAGAAGAGCAACAGGAGCGAUAUUGAGCUCGUUAAUAUUAACGUUGGAGCUAAUGGUAAAGAACGAGCCCAUGCUUAA